GAGUAUAACCAGCUGAGGAUGUCGGAGCAAAACGGGCCCGGCGAUGGCCCGGGACCUGGUCCAGGUUGGUGGCCUUCAACACAACCCUGGAAAUCGUCUGGUUCCGUUGGAUCUAACUCGUCGUCGUCUUCUACCUCCGGUACAAGCGUCGGCACCACUUCCGUUUCUGCCUCCUGCGCCACCGCCGCCGCCACCACCGCACCCUCCACCGGAUCAUCGGCCUCAUCGGUUUCACCAACGUCCUCAUCCACCUGUUGUUCUUCAUCAUCCAUUGGCAAUUCUUCCACGAUGACCACAACUCGUUCCACGGAAACGGGGAAGAACGUUUCCGUAACUGCUAUCAAUGUCCCACCUACGCAUCACGAAAUGCACGAUGGCAAAGGCAUCUGUAAAUAUCUAGCAGGUCAAAAUGGCGUGACGGUGUCCGUAGUUUCAAAUUGCGGCUCGGUACUCGGCUGUACGAGUAGCACAAGCAACGUGGGCUCGCAUGGUAUCGGGAUCGGUAUUCUCAGUUCAAAUGCCACGAAUAUCGACGACGCGGACGACAGCGACGGUGAAAUAAGCAAGAUCGACUUCCGCGGUGUCAAUCUAAGAACCAAGAAGAAACGAGAUAUCUCCGUAAAUCAGAGCGGUGAGAAAAUCGGCGAUUGCGAUGGCGAAGGUGAAAGCGGAGCUUGCGACGGUAACGAUACGUCUCAACAACAACAACCAGAGAGACCUAUGUCAUGGGAAGGAGAACUAUCCGAUCAAGAGAUGUCUUCGAAUACCCUAACUAAUCAGGACGAUCACGAAGAAACGUCGAUGGAAGGUGUUCAAGUUUGUGGUUCCAGUCCUGGACCUAUGGAACAAAAGUUUCCAAUAAAGCCAGAACCAGAUUUUCGAUCGAGUUCAGGAUACGCGCUUUCGGGAAAUUUAUCUUUAAGUCAUAAUCAACAAUUACAGCAACAACGUGGUAUAGAAAAUCUUGAACAAACUCAACAGAGCGACUUACCUCUUCUCGUGGGAAAACUAUUGGGUGGUUAUAACAGUUCUACUCCAAAUCACAGUCCUGUUCUUAAUCCAAGACAUCAUUUGACCAAACACAGUCAUACGCGAUCGCAGGUACCAUCACCAGAUUCGGCUAUUCAUUCUGCAUACAGUGUCUUCAGUUCACCGACUCAAAGUCCUCAUGCUGCAAGACACUCCGCCUUGGGAGCAGGAAGCCCGAUUCCUUCUUCCUCGCUUUCCUUAUCUCGACAUAGUUUCAAUAAUUCGACCUCCUCGUUGUCACUCUCCCUCUCUCAUUCGCUUUCACGUAACAAUUCAGACGCUUCGAGCAGUUGUUACAGUUAUGGCUCUUUGAGCCCACCUACGCAUUCUCCCGUCCAGCAACCUCGACAUCCGCACGCUCACUCGCAACAUCAGCAUCAACAAGUAGCACAAGGUAGUCCUUUACAUCUUCCAACGGCUGCUUCUUCGGCUGUGAGCGCGCACCAUUAUUCCUCUUCCGCUCCAGGAUCAGAACUUUCCUCGGAUGGGCAUCCUGGAACAGAAGAUCAAGAAGACUGUAGAAUACCUGCUGCACCAUCUGGUAUUUCCACGAGACAGCAGUUAAUUAAUAGCCCCUGUCCGAUAUGCGGUGAUAAAAUCAGUGGAUUUCAUUAUGGUAUAUUUUCGUGCGAAUCGUGCAAGGGCUUUUUCAAGAGGACCGUCCAGAAUCGUAAAAACUAUGUGUGCCUUAGGGGUGCAGGUUGUCCUGUCACCGUUGCCACAAGAAAGAAAUGCCCUGCUUGUCGAUUCGACAAGUGUCUCAAUAUGGGAAUGAAACUCGAAGCUAUCAGAGAGGAUCGUACCAGAGGUGGUAGGAGCACUUAUCAGUGUACAUAUACAUUACCGACUAAUUUCAUCGGUAGUUCUGCAAACAAUAUGACGACUGGUGAUAAAAUAAAUGCUGCUGGUAAUUGUAGUCCUGCACCGCCCGGCAGUGAACAUCAUUAUUCAGUCAGACAUCAUUCGAAUCAUUCAUACAAAGUACAUGUAGUUCCACAACUUUUGCAAGACAUCAUGGAUGUAGAACAUCUUUGGCAUUAUAAUGACAGUGAUCGUAUAACUGGUAUUCAGUCUGGUGUGAUAACUUCGGGCGGAGCUAGAAAUACUCCUGACAGUGACAUGUUAUUAGGAAGCGGAAACGGUGGUAAUGUUUCUUCAGGUCGAAGUGGAUCAGCUACCAACGGCUCUAGUACUGAUUGUCCUACCAACGGACACGCUAGUAACAAUAUUAAUAACAGAAGAGACGACAAUACUGGAAGACCUUGUUCGACAGGUUCGACUUCGACAGGUAGUCACGAACAAUUAUCGGCUAACUCUGGCAACGUUGGCAAUUGUAAUUCUCGAAUGUGCGGAAAUUCUAAUGGCAAUCCAUCUACACAUCCGGACUUUAUUUCGAAUCUUUGCAAUAUUGCCGAUCAUCGUCUCUAUAAAAUAGUUAAAUGGUGUAAAAGUUUGCCACUAUUCAAAAAUAUUUCAAUCGACGAUCAGAUUUGUCUACUUAUCAAUUCAUGGUGCGAGUUGCUGCUAUUCUCUUGUUGUUUCCGCAGUAUGAGUACUCCUGGUGAAAUAAGAGUAUCUCUCGGCAAGUCGAUUACAUUGGAACAGGCAAGACAGCUUGGUUUAGCGACUUGCAUCGAGAGGAUGCUAGCUUUCACUAAUAAUUUGAGAAGGCUGAGGGUGGAUCAAUACGAGUACGUUGCGAUGAAGGUAAUAGUAUUACUGACAUCUGACACAAGUGAAUUGAAAGAACCUGACAAAGUUAGGGCUUCUCAAGAAAAAGCUUUGCAAGCACUUCAACAAUAUACUAUUGCCAGGUAUCCAGAAAUGCCUGCUAAAUUUGGGGAACUAUUAUUGAGGAUUCCAGAUUUACAAAGAACGUGUCAGGUAGGCAAGGAAUUAUUGAGUGCAAAACGUGCUGAAGGAGAAGGCAGUUCGUUUAACCUUUUAAUGGAAUUAUUGCGAGGCGAUCAUUAAAAUUUAUUGCUGGAACAGUGAACAAUGCCAUUCCAUGCUUAUAGGGUCCAUAAGCUUAGGGAAUUGGAAUUCGCUAAGUAAAUAAAAAGCUGUUAAAACCAGUACUGUGAAAUGACUGGAAUAUACGCAUGGUCUAUAAUAUUAGCACUUGGUGAGGGGGUUAACGUUCGUAUAAAUUUAGCUGAAUAUUGGAAAGCUGAAGUCUAAAAGAAAAGAAGAAGAAGAAGAAAGAAAAAAAACGUUUCUCUCAAAAUGCUUCCGUAUUAAACUCGCAUGCUCGCUGCCUUGAACUAUUAUCAAUUUCGAUGCGGCCUAAAUUAUGCUCGAAAUGUUCGGCAUGCGUGUAGAUGCAAAUGAGACUGAAAAUAAAUAAAAAAAAA